GAAAGCAGAAUACAGUCUCAACUUCCAGAGAGCGACUGAAUGCAAGUCAACUCAACCACGCCAAACGCAACGCCAGAACAGCCAGGGGACGAGAGAGAAAGGAUUAGUAAAAAAUCAUGUUUCCUAACUUGAUAAGAAGUUUACAGCGGAUACGCUGGGAAAGCAAAGCCUGUGACCGUCCGUCCGAAACUCCCACGCACGAACAUGCAAAGCUCCAGAGUGGCAGGCCAAUGCGAGGCCGCGAAUACUGGGACCGAAUGCUUGAGCGCAUCGACUUCUUGGGCCGGCGACGUAAGUGGAGGCUGCCAAGCAUCGCCAACGUACCUAAUCACUGCCGAGACAGGAUCCACUACUGCUUGGUCGUACGUAUGUCGGUCAUGGUUUAUUGCGUUCUUGCAGCUGGUGGGUGGGAUCAGGAUUUGUCGGGUUCUCUUCGAAGAGCAUCGACGAUAUGAUUCAUAAGAUUGAAUGCAUCUUCGUUGCGCAUCGACCGAUCACCUCCGCAGAGCCAUUUUUAGGUGUGAUAGUCAAGCAUCAUCCACGUUGAAGAUCUUCCUUCCUGGACCAAAGAAGCAGAAAGGCUCGUGGAGGAGGGUUUGUCAAGACGAGUCUCAGGAGAAGCCCUC